AUGUAUGAUUACUGCAAGGAAAAUAAAGAAAACUGCAUGGCGCUUUGAUUUCUAUCAACGCUAUUUAUGGCAACUUUUUAUUUAUGAUCUAUAAGGUUUACUCGUUCCCUGAGCAAUCUUAGAGCUUAUUAUUGGUGCCGUAAAACACUGAUUACUAUUAUUAUAUCAAAUUUUAUUGAAGCCUUAGCAGUUCAAUCCUUAGGAUACUUAUAUCUUCUUGGACUAUUUUUCUAUAAAUAUACAGCAAUACUUUUUGCUAUCUCUAUUAUUGCACACCAUUGCCACUUUAUUUCAAACAUUCUUCGAGUGAAUCGAUUAAUAGUUAGUAGAAUCUGCGAGCUGGGGCUGUGUGAUACUUAUCUAAUUUAUAUUGCGUUAAGGAAGCGGCUUACAUGAAAAUGAAGUUUUAGAGUUAUUUUAGCAUAUACAACACUUUGCUCUGUAAUACUUUUUUCUUAUUAA